AUGGAAGCUCCAACGCAAGCUAAGGACGAUCCAGAGACCUCUGAAACGCCUCCUCGGCUUGAGACACCCGAGGCAGCCCCAAUUGAGCCUCAAGUGGCGCCUGUCAAGGAAGAACCGCAGCCAAAAGAGUCUACAAGCAAUGCAACAAGACUGAAGACAAAAGCUGAAGGUUUGAGCGCUCUGGAACUCAAGCAGAAAAUCGCCAAUAUUGUGGUUCACCCAAGACUCAAGCCAACACCAUUUUACCUGGAAAAUUUUGAGAUGGAGCCCGUGGUGACGCUGGAGUAUGGGCUUGUCGGUCAACGAUUUGUUCAGUUCGAUGACCUUCCACUUAACAAGCGUGGUUUCAAGUAUAAACCUUGCCGUCCCAACAAACUAUUUCUGUCUAACCUUUACCUGACAGCAGAUUAUGCGCCACAUGGGGUUCGUGUGAGCUACUUCGAUAGGAGCUCCGGAAUAGCGUGUAGUGAAGCCAUGGACGCUAUCACCACGCAGAAUGGGUGGUUAUCCGCCAGAAGCAACGUGGGCGUGAGAGAAGGGAAAUGGUACUUUGAGUAUGACAUCUUGAAUGCAAACAAGGAUUCAGAUAAGAGCCAUGUGAGGAUUGGCAUUGCUAGAAAGGAAGCCAGUUUGGAAGCUCCAGUGGGUUUUGACGGGUACGGAUACGGGCUUCGAGACUUGAAUGGACAAAAGAUCACUCUAAGCAGGCCAAAACCAUAUAUGGAAAACGACGAAGGUUUCACUUCGGGUGAUACGAUUGGGUUUCUUAUAGAGCUUCCGUCGUUGGAGGAGCAGAGAAAGCACAACGAGCAGUUUGCUAAAGAGUUGCAUCAGACAUCAAAAAAGCGUAAACGAGCAGGCCAGGCGGCUGCUGAAGAAGAAGAGAAAAAGCUCAAUUUGCAUCAAAACAUCGUGAGAGACCAGAUUCCCAUCAAGUAUAAGAAUGCUCUUUACUUUGAGCAGUUUGAAUACACUCCAACUAAGCAAAUGGAUCACUUACUUAAUCCUGUCACCGUAUUUGGCGAGAAGGCUAUUCUAGAGAAGACAGACAAGCCACCGACGUUGCCCACGAUUCCCAAGUCGAAAAUCACCAUGUUCAAGAAUGGCAAGUCGCACGGCACAAUGUUUGAGAACUUGUACUCGUUCCUACCGCUCAAUGGGGAUAACGACACAGCUGCGUCAGACGCUAAUACAAAACAGCAGCAAAACCCUGCUUACAGGAACACCGAUGAUGGCAGCCUAGGGUAUUAUCCGAUGAUGUCGGCGUUCCUGAACGGAGUUGUUCGUCUAAAUCCAGGUCCUGACUUUAAAUUCCCAGUUCCUCAAGGCUCUCGUCCAUUGUGUGAGCGCUACGAGGAGCGAGUUGUUGAGGAAUGGCUCUAUGAUCUUGUAGAUGAGGUGGAAGCAGACUAUUUGGACAGUUUUGAGUAA